GCGAUUUGCGCGGAGAACAAUCGGCGUUUUGAGCGCUUGGGACACAAACACGCUGCCCGAGCAUGUCGGACUGCACGCAUGAGCUCGAGGACCUCCUCGUCGAAGUCUUCGAGAGCCUCGCCACGGACGGACCCAUCCUGCCCGAGCACGUCGCCCGGAAGCUCCAUGGCAUGGUCCACCUCCAUCGACUCUGCUCGCACCGGUACAGCUCCGACUUUGUGGGCACGAGCUGCCUCGAGUGCGGCGAGGCCCGGCGUAGCAACCAGGCGGACAGCGACGAGCUGACGCCCGAAGAGGCCGAGACAGACGUCGAGGUCAGCGCCGUGCUGGCGCGCCCCGAGCUCGUAGUCGAAGAUGCACCGGCGUGGAUUGCAAUCCAAAAGCAGAACGAGCAUCCCGAGUUGCUCAUCGAGUGCGACUCGGACGACGACUCGGACGACGACGAUGGCUUUGUACCGCGCUCCGACUGGGCGUCGAGCCAGGACCACCCUGAGAUCGUCAUUGAGCUCGAAGGCCCGCCCGUGCAGAGCGCUCAGCCCAAGAUUGUGAUCGAGCUCGAGCACGAGCCGAGCUACAUGGCCGCCUUGACUGCACACCCCGAGCUUGUCAUCGAGAUGGACGCGACGCCGGUGACAGCGACAGAGACAUGCGACGAAGUCAGCCACGUCAAUGGCGACGAAGAAGCAGAUGACGUGGCAGAAAUGCAGAGCCCAUCGUUCCUCGCGCUGCCUGCGAUUGAAGAAGAGGACGUCGAGACGUGCUCGGUGGCGUCGAUGAUGGAUGCGCUCGAGUUGGCCGGGAAGCCGCUGGUCCACCUGCCGAGCGUUCCCCAGUCGAGCGAGACACUGAGCAUGCACUCGGACGAUGAGACCGUCACGUCGGUGGACCUCGACUUGGAGAACAUCCAGUCGCUCAACAACGAGUACGACGAGUUCUUUGAGUUUAUGAACCAGCAGCUCGAGCCAGAAGAGUCGCCCGACGAGAUGCCCAGCCCCCGGGCAGCAUACACGCCGACGCACAGCAGAAGCAGCAGCGACGCCAGCGACUCGGAAGAUGACGAUCACGAGCCCUUGCUCGUCCAUCGCCAAGGGCAAGACCUCCGUUUCUAA